AUGUCAAGGUACAAGAAUGCUGCAACUGUGUUUAAAAUAACCAGUAAUAAAUAUUAUCAUCGGAAUGUAGCUGACUUUUACGCGGGUAAAUCUGUAUUCAUCACAGGUGGUACAGGAUUUCUCGGAAAAGCUUUUAUAGAAAAGUUAUUGUACAGUACAGACAUUGAGAAAAUUUAUAUACUUAUUCGAGAAACGCAGCAAUUAAGGGCACAUGUGAGGCUUAGGAACAUUCUUGAAAAUCCAAUAUUUUCAAGGCUAAAGAAAGAUAAACCAAAUGCUUUUGAGAAAGUCGUACCUAUUCCAGGUGAUAUUGUAAAACCUAACUUAGGGAUAUCAUCGACAGAUGAAAGACUAUUAAUUGAUAAGGUUUCAGUUGUUAUUCAUUCGGCUGCAACAAUAAAUUUUAAUGAGCCGCUAUUGAAGGCUUUAGAAAUUAAUUAUGAAGGGACUAGAAAAGUUUUAAGUCUUUGCAAAAAGAUCAAAAAUGUCCAGACUUACGUGCACAUUUCGACGGCAUAUUCAAACACUGAUAAGAAGAUUAUAGAAGAACAUGUAUACUCAAUGCCGGCAGAUGUUAGUCAUAUAUACAAUGAAUUGGCACGUGUCGGUAACGACAAAGAUAAAAUUUCAACUUUUCUUUGUAAGUACGAAAUUUACAAUUCGUCUAUAAAACAACUGCGAAAUGGCAAACCUAAUACAUACACAUUUACAAAGGCGUUGGCAGAAUCUUUAAUUGCUACUGAACACGAAAACAUCCCUACAGUGAUAAUAAGACCAACGAUGGUCGCCCCAUCAAUCAAUGAGCCGUUAAAGAGUUGGUUAGAUAACGUAUCGCUUCCGACAACAUUUUUACUCUGUGGUGCAACUGGAAUGAAUCGGGUAAUACGCGGGAAAAAGUCUAAUAUCAUUGAUUUUGUACCUAUUGAUUAUGUGACUAACUUCACUUUAGUUGCGGCGACUACGUUACAAAAGUCCAGUAAAUUGACCGUGUACAACUGUGGGACUAGUUCAACAAAUCCUAUCCAUUUGGAUGAAAUAUUUAAUUAUUUCAACAAAGCUAAUAUAAAGUUUACUUCGAAUGACUCACGAUUUCCUAAGGUUUUUAUCGUAGAGUCACAAUUAGCCCGAGAUAUAUUAACAUUCAUAACACAAAUUCUUCCUGCGUAUAUUUUUGAUACGUUACUUAAAAUGAAAGGACAACAACCAAGAUAUGUGAAACUACAGAAGAAAUUUAUAUAUACUCGUAAUAAAUAUGAAUAUUUCAAUAGAAAUACAUGGAUUUUCAAAACAGAUAAACUUCUAGAUAUUAACAAGAAUAUGUCAGAAAAAGAUCGAAAGGAAUUUCCUUUUAACGUUUCGAAUAUUAUUUGGUCUGAGUACAUGAUUACAUACGCCAAAGCAGUACAAGAGUUAUUAAAGCAACAAAGGAAAGACAAAAAUAAGAACAAAGCUCACUCCUUUAACCCAAGGGAGUAGGCAGUAAUCCAUUUAGAAUCCACACAUCUCUCGUCUCUACUAAAGUUCUUGGAGGCUAUUUCAAUCUUUAUUAUUUUACAGUUUUAAAUGUUGUUAGUUAUAUUUUGCAUUGGUAUAAAUCUAUAAAGUACAAUGUUAACAUCUUAGAAUAUUUAUUUUCAAAUAUGACAAUUGAUAACACUUGUUUCCACCAGAGUCGUCAUGUAGAUAUAGAGGUAAACGUUAAACUUAUGAAUCAACAACAAUGUGUUUUGUGCUGAUGUUAAUGUAUGUGGGAUCAGUUAUUAAAA